GGAAAACGCGCGUCUCAUUCCGAAAACUAAAAUUUUUGAACAGGCCGCCCCCAAUUCGCAAACCCUCUCGCACUCUUUCUCAUCUCGCCCCCUUUUGCUUUUUGAUCAUCUUCUCCGAUCGUGGCUCUCUCCGGCGAGAUUCCUUCCCGUCGGCACGCCGAUCGGGUCUCCUGUGAAGCAUCAAUCGGUUUCCGAUCUCGGUUGUGGCGCAUUUUAGGGUUGGUGCAGAUUGGGGAGAAGAUAUGAGUGCUUAGGAUUUGGUUGGAAUGGCGGAGGCAGUUGUUCUUGAUUCUUCAUCUCAUCAGAAUUUUCCAUUUGGGCGAGUACAAGAUGAUGUGAAAAUGAAAAGGAAGACUCCCUCGGAACUGAGGGCAGAACAGUUGAACCGACGGAGUGGUGUGAUUGCUGCCAAUGAGGAAUCGGCUUCUUCUCUGGUUUCUGAGAGGGUCAAUAGUGGUGCCUAUGGGCUCCAGAAAUCUACACAACCUAAGAUUCCAAAAUAUAUUGAUACCCGCGUUGACGUGGUUUAUCCUGUCAAAAAGUCUAGUGAGAGGUGUAGAAUGCUUUAUGGAAAAGAAAAGGCUAAGGAAUCUGUUAGUGCCAGUGGCACAUUUGGUAAUCUGGAUGUUGCACAUGUUGAAUCUAACUUUGCCACUAAGGGCAAGCCUUUGCUUCCAUGUGAGAAAAUCGGUGCUGCUAGCAUUCCAGUUUGUCCAGACUCUUUCGCCAAGGAUCAGUCAGACAAAUGUUUCCGGAAAAUGGAAAAAUGCAGCCAGAGUGUAUUACAAGAUGUCAUUGGACUCCAUUUGGGAAGUGAUAAACCUGAAUCUUCAAAUGUUAACAUGGAAAAAGCACUAAAAGGUUUAGUUGUUCAAGAUGCUCCUGCCAUAUCUAAUUCAGUUGCUGAUUCUUCUGGAAAAGUUGGUGAUAUUCCUUCACUUUCUUCUGGGAAAUUCUCUUCUGAAUUUCAUGUACAGGGUCAUAGAAUCCCUCUGGAUUUUACCCUCAAGACAAACUUACGCUUGGUUUCAUCAUCUAGUGUGAAAUGGUGUCAUAGUUUAAGUGCAAGUCCUACUAAUGUUGGUGUAAAUCACUUCACUUAUCAGUUUGGACGCAAGAAAGAUAAUAAUCUUGGCUGCAAUCCUGCACAUGGUUUGUCAGAUGAUGCCCUUUUUUCUAAUGCUUUGAUUUCAUGGGUGUAUCCACAAUCUUCUCUUCCGCCUUCUCUGAUAUCUGCAAUGGCCAUGUCAACUGUAAGGGGAGAAAUUGACUUCUUAUCAAAAAGGCAGCAGGACUGGGAAGAUUCAUUUCAAAGUCUUUACUUCAUGCUCCGUAAGGGCUUGUGCAACAUCUUUUAUGUUUAUACAUCACAGUUUGUUGUGCUGUUUGUUGGUGGAAACUUUAUGGGAAAGAAUAAACUCUCAUGUAAUGCUUAUGUGUCACAAUCGACAUCUGGUUUGCGGUCCUUGUUGAGAAAGCAUGAUAUUUGCUUUUCCAUGCCUCUUUGUCAUGCGGAAGUAGAGCGAGCUUCUGAAGAUGACCUUGUUGAACUUUCAGAGAUUGAGAAGCGAAACCUUGGCCAGACGUUUCUGAUUGAUUCACUAUCUGAUGUUGAUAACAGCCCUCGGUCUCUUCUGGCGUUUAUUGGGAAUGAAAAUGUCCACAGCCUAUAUGAUUUUGUUUUAAAUUAUAGGUUUUUUUUUAAUUCUUUGACUGGUGCUGAUGUUCCUUUGCUGUACUCACCUGUGCCAUUCCAAAAUGCUUCUCUUUCCAUUCCACAGGUUCGCUGUAAGGAGAUGAAGAGGGCUGAUCUAAUCGUUUCUUCAGGUGGAAUUAACAGGGAGGAUAUUGAAGCAAUUUCAGGUUUAUCAUCUGCAGGUGUUUGUUAUAGCAUUGAAGUAAAAGAUACAAUCCUUCCUCCCUGGGUAGUCUGUAAAAUCUGUGCGGCAAUGAGCUCAGAUGGAAGAAGUUAUGAGACAAGCCUGACAACUGAUCCGUCUUCGCUCGGCUUAAAUGCAGCCCUUGAUCCUGUGUGUCUAAAAUCUGAGCUGUCCAACAACUGUUCAAAAGAAAACUGCAAUGCCUUCGGCAUUCCAGAAGCUGUUCUAUCUUCUAAUCUUCGUAAAGCCUCACUGCGACACAUCAAAUUCACUAAUGGUUCUCAGGUUGUUGAUAUCAAUCUGAUAUAGUCGAAGGACUUAAAGGUCAAAAGCGUGCAUUACAUUUGUUUAUGCAGAGAUUGAAUUUCUGCCUUGCCCUUUAUGAGGAUAUCCUUCUCCAGUCUUGAAAGGGGAUCGAGGGAUAUUGGCCAUUGAUAAUGUUUGAUAAGUAACUUUAAAAGCAUCUACUCAAUUACCUGGUUUGGUAUAAUUUGUCAAAUGUAUUGACACUUGGAAACAAGUUAUCAUAAGCUCAACUUGUUUGAUUGACAUUGUUUA